AAUUUUAGGUUCCAAGUUCCGGUUGCGGCUACAUCAUGGCCGGCCAUCAAGGUUGGCCAUCAAGGUCCCCUGAUAUUGCGCAACCACCCGCUGGCAUAAGAGGAAUAAGAGACGAGACAUCUUCCACAAAAGUCCAAUAAUUAUCAUAGGAUGUUAAGAAAUACAUUAUAUCAACCAUGAUGGGCAAUACAGACGGUGUGAUUCAAGUCCGCGAUGUGAUCAUUAUCGGAGCGGGCCCCAGUGGGCUGGGGGUUGCAGCGCGGUUGUGCGAACGCAUGCCAGCAGCCAACUUCACCGAUGACGAGCACCAACGCUUUCACUGGAUCAAGCAACAUCGCGCCGCAAAAAAGAGCACGAAGCACCCAAGGAACCGCAAAGUCGCGGACACGCGACUCAAAGAAUCCGUAGCUCCAACUAUCGCUCGAGAUUUGGAUAUACUAGCCCUCGAUGCAUACGGCACGAGCUGGAUGAAACGUUGGCAGGGUAUGUUCAAGACAUUUGACAUAUCUCACCUUCGUAGUCCUAUGUUCUUUCACGUGGACCCCUCGGAAAGAGAUGGGCUACUAUCAUAUGCUUAUGCCAAUAGCCGAAGUGACGAAUUAAGAGAGCUCCAUGGGUGUGUUGGGAAGGAGCUGAGUAAAUACCAGAGAAAGAAAAGAGAGAAGAUGGGGAGAGAGCAACAAAACAACCCUACCAUCGAUGAGCGAGAACGAAAAGACUACUACGUUCCUUCGACACCCCUUUUCUUCUCCCACUGCGACUGUCUUGUGAACCGGUACAAACUUGACGAUACCAUACUCUCCCAGGAACAAGUCGAAGAUAUCCGUUACGACCAUGUUCUGGAGUACUCGGAUGAAGAGAAGCUAUUCUGCGUCAAGACCAAUAAGGGUUGUCAUUAUGGGAAGAUUGUUGUUCUAGCCAUCGGUGGCAACGCCCCUCAGAUACCCUGUCCGCUAAGUGCUGAGGAAACAGAGGGUGCCACGCAUGCGAUGCAUAUCAAAACUUUCCCACCCCUAUACGUACAGACUAAGAUGGCGACAAAGGCUAGAACGAAUAUGUUGAUUGUGGGUGGUGGCCUCACCUCAGCUCAGAUCGCCGAUCUAGCCAUCCGUCGAGGGGUCAACAAGGUAUUCCUCAUUAUGCGCGGCCCUCUAAAGAUCAAACAUUUCGACCUCGGUCUUGAGUGGGUAGGCAAAUUUCGGAACAUCGAGCAUGCGAUAUUCUGGAAUUCAAACUCGCCAGAAGAACGAUGUAAAAAGGUCAUGGAGGCCCGGAAUGGCGGCAGCAUUACCCCCUACUACAAGAAAAUCCUUGAGAAACACCUCUCGUCUGGCCGUUUAGACAUGUUACUACACACCACUAUCAACGACAAGAAGUGGAACCCAAUGUCGAAAACUUGGACCGUGUCUCUCAAGGGAGAGCGGGAAGAUCUUCCACCCAUUGAUCACAUCUAUUUUGCAACCGGUGUGGGCACAAACUUUGAGUGUCUGCCCUGCUUGCAGUCCAUGUGCCGUGACUAUCCGAUCGAGAACUGCGGUGGUUUCCCCUGCAUCACAGAGAAGAUGUCUUGGAAGGACGACGUUCCUCUCUUUGUGGCUGGCCGAUUCGCUGCGCUCCAGCUCGGCCCUGGGGCACAUAAUUUAAUUGGUGCGAGAAUAGGUGCGGAUCGAAUAGCAUGGUCUAUCCAAGAAAUGCUAGGCAAGGAGGAGAACAGCGACCAAAGCAAUUGGGGUCAGGACAAAUUCAAUUAUCUGACUGGCAGAGGCAGCCGGUAUAAUGCCCUGGCUGAUAUUUCUUUGCCUGCUGAUGACUGAAGUGAUAGGAUACCACGGGUGUAUAAGACUAACAACUACAUUCGUUUGAAGACAUAGUAAACAUUAUUCUAGGCAGCGCAACUCUACAAUGUAUUUUGGUUUAUAACAAUUCUACUUCUCCCCGUCUAUCUGGCAACAGCCAUACGAUAACCAUGUUGUGUU